GAUGCAUGCAAUCCCAGCGGUAUGUAUGGUGUAGAAAGAGAGACAGAUCUGGAAGAGGCUGUUGGGAGCAUACACAACUCGGAGCCCACAACUCGCAACACAAAUGAUUCAGAUUUUUCUACUUUUGAUAUUGUUAAAGCAACGCAAUAUGGAGCAAUAGAGCGAUGUAAGGAGUUGAUUGAAGGUGGAUAUGAUAUCAAUAAAAGAGACAGUGAAAAUGUAACCCUACUUCAUUGGGCAGCAAUAAACAAUCGACGGGAUAUCGUUAGGUACUAUGUCAGUAAAGGAGCAGUUGUGGAUGCAGUUGGUGGUGAGCUUAUGUCCACUCCAAUGCAUUGGGCAACGAGACAGGGUCACCUUGGAAUGGUAGUAUUAUUAAUGAAGUAUGGCGCAGAUCCCUCAUUACGUGAUGGUGAAGGAUGUUCAUGCAUACAUCUAGCAGCUCAAUUUGGUCACACAGCCAUUGUUGCAUACCUGGUUGCCAGAGGGGCUAAUGUUAAUCUAAUGGAUAAGAAUGGCAUGACCCCACUUAUGUGGAGUGCUUACAGAGUUACCAGCCUCGAUCCAACAAGAUUACUCCUAACAUUUGGUGCCAGCACUUCCAUGGCUGAUCGUCUUCAUGGCAAUACUGCUUUGCAUUGGGCAGUUAUAGCAAAAAAUCAUAUGGCUGUUAGUGUGUUAGUUAACCAUGGAGCCAAUGCCGAUAUAGCUAACGCUCAGGGAGAAUCAGCUUACAGUUUGAUAAUGAAAAGAAAAACUCAGUGGCUUGAUAAAAAAGUUCUAGAUAAGUUACAAGAAAUGCAGAAGUCAGCGAGAAAUAUAUGUUAUCGCAUUUCCAAUGAUAAGAAUCUUCGAUAUUGGACGAUGUUUGGAACGCCAUUUAUUGUCUUUUACGUUGUUGGACUUGUCUUAGGACUCGAGAUGUACUACAUUUUAAAACUGGCUAUCUUUAUGUGCAUUUACCUUGUUGUUUACGGAAUUUCAAGAAUACUAUUUGAUGACAGACUAAUGACAGUAAUGCCAAUGGCAGUUUAUUUAGCCACAAAGAUGUGGUGUUAUUUUACAUGGAUUUUUUACAUUCACAAGUAUGCUGGUCUUCAAACGACAGUUUUCUUCUUUUUAUCUUCCCUCCUUUUAUGGUAUAAUUUCAUGAGAGCAUGGAGAGGUGACCCUGGAGUUAUAACUGCAGAUCAGGCCCAGAAAUAUCAAACUAUAAUUGAGUUAGCAGAAAGAGAUGGCUUUGAUCCCCAGUGGUUUUGCUCCACAUGUCUGGUGCGACGACCUAUACGCUCAAAGCAUUGCUCAGUAUGCAACAGAUGUAUUGCUAAAUUUGACCACCAUUGCCCAUGGGUUGGCAAUUGCAUAGGAGCAAACAAUCUGAAGUACUUCAUUGGAUAUCUAUUGAUGCUGUGUGGCAUGUGCUGCUUUGUGUUACAAGGAUGCUUUUACUACUGGAAUGGGGAAUGUGGUGUUUAUUUCUUGAAACAAGGCAUUUGGUCAAGUUUAGGUUCAGUUGGUACAUGUGAGCCAUGGUUGGCUUGGGUUGGAGCAAAUGCAGCUCUUCAUGCAGCAUGGGUAGCUACACUACUCGGUUGCCAACUCUACCAGGUUCUAAUUCUUGGCAUGACAACGAACGAGAGAAUGAACUGUUAUAGAUAUAAGCACUUCCAGGUAAAGUGA